GCUUGCUGCCGGCCGCCCGCUGCAAGCACGAUUCUCCGUGUACCCUCAGGACCGUGCUCUGAGAAUUAGGCUUCCGGGUUAACUGGCGUCUCUUGUUCCUGCAAACUGGGACCUUCUUGCUUUCUAAGGAUUGCAAGUUAGCUUAUCGAAGAAACGGUAUUCUGGGAAUUGGCCAUUUAUUUGCGGGAGAAUCACGAUUAGUCAAGGCCCGUGUAUUAAAUCGUAGGGGCCUCUCACUUUCUAGUUUACUGAUGUAGAUUGACCAAAAAAAAUCUGUCUUACUCAAAAAUACCAUUUAAGGGGGAACAUGUAGCAUUUGAAUAGCCAUUGAUGACACUGUGUUGAUAUAUUUAAGGCAAUGGACAAGUAAGAAAAAACCACAGGGCAGCGGCUGCUGUGCCCUCUAGGAACUGGUGCGUUAAUCACUUUAAUAAAUAGCCAAAGGAAACAUUCUUCAGCAACAGCACACACAUUUUGCUUUAUAAAGGCGAUCUGAUUUGGGGAACACAAGCCAACUUAGAGCCUUCCUACCAGUCUCAUCUACCACUAGUGUCCUUAAAAAGCUGAUUAUGGCUAUCUGAAUCAAGUUUCACUUCUUUGAGCCUGUCAGAAUUCACCAGAUUGGAAGGCUUACUCUCUAAUCUAAUCCUGACAUGCCUGCCUCAUGGAAAGAUUUACUGUUUAAAAAAAGGGCACAUUUGUGAACAUUAUUUCUAUCAAUCUCAUGACAUCAGUGGAGGUUGGCCGUGUCAGGAAAUGAAGCAGUGCUGUCCCUGAGGUCGGCUUAAGUGCGAAUUGGCGUGAGCACAAGGAGGAGGUCACGGUAUCCCAUCUGGAAGCAGCAGUAAGGUACAUGGCUAAGCCCUGGACACCUGCUGUACCUUACCCAGGAUUCCAUGGUCUGUCGUGGUGAAUUCUUGAUGCAUUUCACUCUUGGAUGCUGGUGACUCCCAGGCAGGAGACAUGGCUCUGGUCAGGCUGGGGUUUGGAAGGCAGCAUCUUUGUCUGUUAAAGAGAAGUUUCCUGCUGUUGAAACUCACCGCUGUCGUCUUUGCCGUGCUUCUGUUUUGUGAAUUUUUAAUCUAUUACUUAGUGAUCUUUCGGUGUGAUUGGCCUGAGGUGAAAACUGCAGCCCAUGGCAGUGGACAGAAGACUCUGAAAGCCAUGUUUUUGGCUGACACUCACUUGCUUGGGGAAGUACGAGGCCAUUGGCUAGACAAAUUACGAAGGGAGUGGCAAAUGGAGAGAGCUUUCCAGACAGCUCUGUGGUUGUUGCAGCCAGAAGUCGUCUUCAUUCUAGGGGACAUCUUUGAUGAAGGGAAGUGGAGCUCCUCCCAGGGCUGGGCAGAUGAUGUGAGGCGGUUUCAGAAAAUAUUCAGACACCCUCAGCACGUGCAGCUAAAGGUGGUUGCUGGCAACCAUGACAUUGGCUUCCAUUAUCAGAUGAGCACAUACAAAAUAAAACGAUUUGAGAAAGUUUUCAACCCCGAAAGGCUGUUUUCUUGGAAAGGAAUUAAUUUCGUGCUGGUCAACAGUGUGGCCCUGGAAGGGGACGGCUGCCACCUCUGCUCUGAGGCGGAAAGGGAACUCAUCGAGAUUUCUCACAAACUGAACUGCUCCCUAGAGGAACCUGGCUCCAGCCUGUGCAGAGGCCUGCAGCGGCUGCCAGGGUCAGCCCCGGUGCUCCUCCAGCAUUUCCCGCUUUACCGGAGCAGCGAUGCCAACUGUUCCGGGGAGGACGCUGCACCUCUGGAAGAGCGGGGCAUCCCCUUUAAGGAGAGAUACGAUGUGCUUUCCCAGGAGGCCUCACAGAAGCUGCUCUGGUGGCUCCGGCCCCGCCUCAUCCUGAGUGGCCACACACACAGUGCCUGCGAGGUGCUCCACGGGGCGGGAGUCCCCGAGAUCAGCGUGCCAUCUUUCAGCUGGAGGAACAGAAACAACCCCAGUUUCAUCAUGGGCAGUAUGACGCCCACAGAGUAUGCCCUGGCCAAGUGCUACCUGCCCUAUGAGAACACCGUUCUGGUCACGUACUGUGUUGCAGCAGGGUUCCUGGUGGUCCUCAUGUUAGUUCACUCUGGGCUUCUAGUCUCACCUUUUGUUUUUGGUUGGAACCUGCUCAGAAAAUUUAAGACAACAUAAAGAGCAGGAGACUUUUGUAUGCUGUAAUAAAUAAGAAAGCCAAAGAAACUGAACUUGGGGCAGUACUCCUGUGAGAUGAGGUCACCAGAGGCUGGCUUUACAGACGUCACAGAAACUAUAUAUCACUGCUGCGAGUUCCUGCAGAAUAAAUAGUUGAUUGUACUGUUCUCAUGCUAUAAAAAUGGGACAUGUACUCUACAACAAGUCUUUUUUUCUCAUUUUAUCAAAUAUAUGUAUAAUCAAAGAUCAUGUCUGUACAAUAUGUAAAAGCUAUUAAAGUCAUCACUUGCAUGCACUAGACUGUCCUGCCUUCCCCCAGAUGGAGCUGGACGCCUGGGAACACACUUGGGAUUGUGUGUGCAAAAACACUGGCUUUGCUUCUAUCCCCCUAUGAAGUGGUCCUCAAACCCCUAUCUAUUAUAAAGCUGUACACUUAAAAUAAUAAAAGUACAGAUGCCACAAGCAGGAAUGGAUUGUUCUCGCAGACUUUUGUACUUCUGUGCUAAUAAUGGAAUCAGAUUUUUAGAGAAGUGUAAUUUUCUCUAGCAGACCAGGCUGUUAAAUCUGAAUUUAAUGCCUGUCCACGAUCAAAGAAACUUGAAAAAAAAGACUGGGAAGUGACCUUUGACAUUUAAAAAUACAUAUGUUUUGAUGAUUCUAAGCCAGAUAAAAUAUGUUCUUUCUGUGUAUUUUCUAUGGGUCUAGCCCUGUCUCUGAAUAGGAAGCUUAGCUGCGGGGGAACUGCUGAGUGAUAACGUACAGAACAGCACACAACUGCACUUUUGUGCACGUGUGGGGGUGUAGCUCUGCCGUUCUUCAUGUUGUAUGUUGAAAGUGUGAUGGAAAGAAAAAUAAUUUCUACUUUACAUGUCUCAUUUCAAAUCAGAGCUUUAUGCAGCAGGGAUGAGAGGCACAGGAAUUUAGUGAUUCUGACAUAAAUCAUGUGUUUAUCACACCAAUCGUCUAUAAAGCUGUCAUCCUUUCUUUCUUGGAAAGUCAUAUUUAAAUCUGGAUGCAUUUAUGAAGGAUUAUAAAAUGCUGCCUUAUAGAGUAAACUUUAAAAUAGUAAAGACUAAAAGGAAAUGAAGUAGCGUCAGCCAGGCUGUCACUUCUGGAUUCCUAUUGUUGAACUAUAACUUUGGACAUCUUUGCAGAUUGUCCUGGACCUAAGAAAACUACCCUCGAAGCCGUGGCUGUGUAUAGAAUAUGAAGCAUCGCUGCUGUAGUGAUUCUCACUUUCUAGAUGUCGUACCAUACUAUAACUUUUCAGGUUGCACUUGGAAAUCUUUCACAUGGGAAAAAGCAGCAGUGUAUUUUGACUUUGCAUUUCAAAUAAAGGUUUUAUAAUAUUUCUUCUUCAA